UCCCCUCCCUCCUGGAAUGCUCUUCGAUCUGAAUCAAACCCAUUUCUUCUUGUUUCCACCAUUCGUCUGCCUUUCAAACCCUAGAUUUUGACAACACCAACAAUUCUCUAGUCUCCAUCAAGUGUAAAUGGCAUCUGUUUCCAGUCAGCCUCAAUUUAGAUACACACAACCGCCAUCGAAGGUUCUUCAUCUGAGGAACUUGCCAUGGGAGUGCACCGAAGAGGAGCUAAUUGAGCUUGGGAAACCAUUUGGUAAAGUUGUUAACACAAAGUGUAAUGUUGGAGCAAACAGAAAUCAGGCAUUUAUUGAAUUUGCAGAACUAAAUCAAGCUAUUGCAAUGAUUUCAUAUUAUGCUUCAUCAUCAGAACCAGCUCAGGUUCGAGGGAAAACAGUCUACCUACAAUAUUCAAACAGGCAAGAAAUUGUGAAUAAUAAAACCACUGCAGAUGUUGCUGGAAAUGUGCUUUUGGUAACUAUCGAGGGCAAUGAUGCACGCCUAGUCACAAUUGAUGUCUUACAUCUGGUGUUCUCUGCAUUUGGGUUUGUGCAUAAAAUUACAACCUUUGAGAAAACGGCCGGAUUCCAGGCUCUAGUGCAGUUUUCGGACUCAGAAACUGCAUCCUCUGCGAAGGAAGCGCUUGAUGGAAGAAGCAUUCCCAGGUAUUUGAUCCCCGAGUUGGGCCCAUGCUCCCUUAAAAUCACAUAUUCUGCACAUACAGAUUUGAGUGUAAAAUUCCAGAGUCAUCGUAGCAGGGACUAUACUAACCCUCUGCUUCCUGUCGCUUCCUCAGCAAUAGAUGCUACUGGUCAGUUCAGUGUGGGAUUAGAUGGGAAGAAACUCGAAUCUGAGAGUAAUGUUCUUCUUGCUUCUAUCGAGAAUAUGCAGUAUGCUGUCACCUUGGACGUCUUACACAUGGUGUUUUCUGCUUUUGGUCCGGUCUUGAAGAUUGCCAUGUUUGAUAAGAACGGAGGUGUUCAAGCUUUAAUUCAGUAUCCUGAUGUUGAGAGGGCGAUUGUUGCAAAGGAAGCGUUGGAAGGACAUUGCAUAUAUGAUGGAGGGUUUUGCGAGCUUCACAUUUCGUAUUCUCGGCACACGGAUCUUAGUAUUAAGGUGAACAACGAUCGGAGUAGAGACUACACAAUGUUGAACUGUGUCCAAUACAAUGUGAAUAACAAUGGAGGAUGGGGUCAUCAGCCAUACAUGAUGCCAUCUCCUUCUCAUCACUUCCUCCAUUACCAACAACAAUAAUAGCCAAAUAUUUUCUAUUUAUCAUGGAUGUAUGCUGCCAAUUCUUGUCUUUUUCAGUUUUACUUAUGAGAACUAAUUUUCUCAUAAUACACCCAAAACCUAAAAUUCAAAAAAUAUCACUCA